AUGGUUAUUCCAGCACUUAUUUCAAUGGAGCUGUUUGGUUCUUCCAAGAUUUCGUUGGACCUGUGGCUCAGCUUGUUGGAAGCAAACUUGCAGUACUGUGAAAUUAGGAAGUACGCCAAUAAGAAAGCGGUACUCUUAGUUUCACUUGGUGCAGAAGUAUAUAGUAUCCUGGGCUACGAGGCCCCUAGGCCCCGAGGCCCUAGAGCCAUCCCUGAAACCAGUCCUAGUGCCAGCCCUGGAGCCAUCCCUAGAGCCAGCCCUGGAGCCAGCCCUGGAACCAGCCCUAGAGCCAUCCCUGGAGCCAGUCCUAGUGCCAGUCCUGGAGCCAGCCCUAGAGCCAGCCCUAGAGCCAGCCCUAGAGACAGCCCAGGAGCCAGCCCUAGAGCCAUCCCUGGAGCCAGCCCUGGAGACAGCCCAGGAGCCAGCCCUGGAGCCAGCCCUAGAACCAGCCCUGGAGCCAGCCCUGGAGCCAGCCCUGGAGCCAGCCCUAGAGCCAGCCCUGGAGACAGCCCUAGAGCCAUCCCUGAAGUCAGCCCUGGAGCCAGCCCUGGAGACAGCCCUGGAGCCAGCCCUGGAGCCAUCUCUUGUGCCAGCCCUGGAGCCAGCCCUGGAGACAGCCCAGGAGCCAGCCCUGGAGCCAUCCCUGGAGCCAGCCCUAGAGCCAGCCCUGGAGCCAUCCCUGGAGCCAGCCCUGGAGACAGCCCAGGAGCCAGCCCUGGAGCCAGCCCUAGAACCAGCCCUGGAGCCAGCCCUGGAGCCAGCCCUGGAGCCAGCCCUAGAGCCAGCCCUGGAGACAGCCCUAGAGCCAUCCCUGAAGCCAGCCCUGGAGCCAGCCCUAGAGCCAGCCCUGGAGCCAGCCCUAGAGCCAUCCCUGGAGCCAGCCCUAGAGCCAUCCCUGGAGCCAGCCCUGGAGCCAUCCCUGGAGCCAGUCCUGGAGCCAGCCCUAGAGCCAGCCCUGGAGACAGCCCAGGAGCCAGCCCUGGAGCCAUCUCUGGAGCCAGCCCUGGAGCCAGCCCUGGAGACAGCCCUGGAUCCAGCCCUGGAGCCAGCCCUGGAGCCAGCCCUGGAGACAGCCCAGGAGCCAGCCCUGGAGCCAUCCCUGGAGCCAGCCCUAGAGCCAGCCCUGGAGCCAGCCCUGGAGCCAGCCCUGGAGACAGCCCAGGAGCCAGCCCUAGAGUCAUCCCUGGAGCCAGCCCUGCCUUGGAGCCAGCCCUGGAACCAGCCCUAGAGCCAUCCCUGGAGCCAGUCCUAGUGCCAGCCCUGGAGCCAGCCCUAGAGCCAGCUCUGGAGACAGCCCUGGAGCCAGCCCUAGAGCCAGCCCUCGAGCCAGCCCUGGAACCAGCCCUAGAGCCAUCCCUGGAGCCAGUCCUAGUGCCAGCCCUAGAGCCAGCCCUAGAGCCAGCCCUGGAGACAGCCCAGGAGCCAGCCCUAGAGCCAGCCCUAGAGCCAUCCCUGGAGCCAGCCCUGGAGCUAGCCCUGGAGCCAGCCCUGGAGCCAGCCCAAGAGCCAGCCCUGGAGCCAGCCCUAGAGGCAGCCCUGGAGUCAUCCCUGGAGCCAUCCCUGGAGCCAGCCCUAGAGCCAGCCCUAGAGCCAGUCCUGGAGCCAGCCCUGGAGCCAGUCCUGGAGCCAGCCCUGGAGCCAGCCCUAGAGCCAUCCCUUGGAGCCAGACCUAGAGCCAGCCCUGAGCCAGCCCUGGAGCCAGCCCUGGAGACAGCCCUAGAGCCAGCCCUAGAGCCAUCCCUGGAGCCAGCCUUGAACCAGCCCAGAAGCCAGCCCUAUAGAGCCAUCCCUGGAGCCAACCCUAGAGCCAGCCCAGGAGCCAGCCCUAGAGCCAGCCCUGGAGCCAUCCCUGGAGCCAUCCCUGGAGCCAUCCCCGGAGCCAGCCCUGGAACCAGCCCUAAAGCCAUCCCUGGAGCCAGCCCUAGAGCCAGCCCAAGAGCCAGCCCUAGAGCCAGCCCUAGAGCCAGCCCUGGAGCCAGCUCUGAUGCCAGCCCUAGAGCUAGCCCUAGAGUCAGCUCUGAAGCCAGCCCUAGAGCUAGUCCUAGAGCCAGCCCUGGAGCCAGCUAUUGA